UUUUCUCUCUCUCUCGAUCUCAACGCGAAAAGCUUUUCUUCUCCAAAGGCAAAAAUCGAAAACCUGCAAAAAGUUUCUCCGCCAAAUCUCUCCAAAACCCUUCCUCCUCUCUUCUUUUCUUCUUCUUCUUCUACUCCGGUCGCUCCUUCGUCUCCAUCUUCAUACGUAAUCUCGAAGUCGGUUGUUUCAAUCCUGCCAUGGCCGAAGGGAAGUUCGAUCUGCCUGACGAUCUCAUCGUUUCCAAAUCUUCUGAUCAGUUGAAAGAAUUGGCCUCAGAUAACAGCAUUCCCUUGUCUCCGCAAUGGCUUUACACGAAAUCAAGCGAGAGCAAGAUGGAUGUUCGAUCUCCUACUCCUGUACCCAUGGGAAAUCCAAGUGACCCAAAUCUGAAGGAUGCAUGGCGCUUGGAUGCACCCGAAGACAAAAAGGACUGGAGGAAAAUUGUGCCUGAGAAUGAAACUAGUCGCAGAUGGCGUGAAGAGGAAAGAGAAACUGGUUUACUCGGUGCUAGGAAAGUUGAUCGACGAAAAACAGAACGUCGCAUUGACACUGUCUCAAGCAGAGAUAUUGGUGACAAUAAAAAUACUGCUGCUUCUGAUAGGUGGAAUGAUGUUAAUUCUCGCGCUGCUGUUAACGAACCCCGCCGCGACAAUAAAUGGUCAUCUCGGUGGGGUCCUGAUGACAAAGAGAAAGAAACCCGUUGUGAAAAGGUAGAUAACAUCAAGGACAAGGAGGAGCCACUGGGUGAAAGUCAAUCUGUGGUUAGCAGCGUACGUGCAACUUCUGAGCGGGACUCUGACCCUCGUGACAAAUGGAGGCCACGUCAUAGGAUGGAAUCCCAGUCUGGUGGGCCGACUUCUUAUCGCGCUGCACCUGGGUUUGGACUUGAUAGAGGACGAGCCGAGGGCCCAAAUUUAGGGUUCACUGUGGGCCGAGGAAGGGCAAAUGCAACUGGGAGGGGUUCUUCAACUUCCUUAAUUGGUGCUGGUGCAUGUGCGUCUGCCUCUAUGUUUAGGUAUCCAAGGGGUAAGUUGCUUGACAUGUAUAGAAAACAGAAGCCUGAUCCUUCCCUAGGUAGGAUACCGACUGACAUGGAGGAAGUUGCCUCCAUAAGUCAAGUGGCUUUUGUUGAACCUCUUGCUUUUCUCGCACCUGAUGCCGAAGAAGAGGCAAACCUUAAUGGCAUAUGGAAGGGAAAGAUCAUUAGUAGCGAAGUUUACACUCCAUCUGGGGAAGAAUCCUUUGGUGAAAACUGUGUGGGUGAAACAAAAGUUGAUGGUGCUUUGCUAGGGUUUGUUAAUGGUGACAAUGGUUCUGUGCAAAAUAGUGAUUCUGGAUUACUUGGUAGUCAUAAUGGAGGUCUGGGGGGUGCUCCAAGCGUCUCAAGAUUGAAUUCUGUGGCUUCUGAAAGUUAUGGAUCUUUUGGAGCUGGUAUUCAAGUUUCUCAUGGAAGUCCUGAAGCAGUGAGAUCAGUUUUUACUAAGUCCUCUGUGUUGGAUGGGAGUGAAUCCGUUGUUGGGUCUUUCGAGCAAGAAUAUAUUGGCAAGCUGCAGCAACCAAAUAUUGAAGUGGAUCACUCAGAAGGGGCUAUGCCACCUGAGGAGUUUUUAUUCUUGUAUAUUGAUCCUCAAGGAGUAAUUCAGGGACCAUUCAUUGGUUCUGACAUUAUUUCAUGGUUUGAACAAGGGUUUUUUGGGACAGACCUACAGGUUCGCUUGGCAAAUGCUCCAGAAGAAACUCCUUUUCAAGAUCUAGGUAGGGUCAUGUCAUAUUUAAAGACAGAAAGCUCCCAUGCCCAUAUCAGUAACCAAAAGAGUGAGCUAGAAGAGACUAGGUUAAAAGCAAAUUCAGACACUGGUUUAUCAAUUGCACCUGGAGCAGAAUCAAAUGAUUCAUCCUCUCGUUCGUUUUCGGUGUAUAACAACCCCUCAGCUCAGGAUAAUUUUCAGAGAAAGUCUGAGGCAGAAGUUUAUGGGACACCACCACAUGCUGAGGACCGAAGUUUCUUGGACUUCUCUGCUCAGGAUGAAGAAAUUGUAUUCCCAGGAAGAGCUGGAGUUUCUGGUUAUGCGUCAGUAAAAUCCUCUACAAGUAUGCAUGAUGCUUUAAUGGAAUUUUCUGGCCAGUCUGCUAUUCCUGUUGAAUCAACUAAGGCUGCUACUCAAAAGCAGAAUGAGAAUAAGCUGCACCCGUUUGGUGUGUUGUGGUCUGAGCUAGAGAGCAGUAAUGCACCAGUUAACCUGUUACCAAACAGGUCUUAUGAUGCAAUGGGGGAGCCUAGUGGUUCAAUAGAAAAUUGGCCCAUUGAUUCCCGAAGAAAUAAACUAGUUGAUCCCAACAUGUCCCUUGAUGCUCUGGCUUCUAACCGGAUGUCGCAGUUUGAACAUGUUUCCAACCGCUUUAGCCUUGGGGAUCAACUUUCAUCAAAUCAACAUCACCAACAGCAAUUCCAAAACCGGGAUAUGCUGUCGCAUUCACAUUUAGGUGAUCAAGCUCAGGAUCUUGAGCAUUUAAUAACUCUCCAGUUGCAGCAGCAACAGAAGAUUCAGUUGCAACAGCAGCAGAAGAUUCAGUUGCAACAGCAGCAGAAGAUGAAGCUGCAACAGCAUCAGCUGGAACAAGAGCAUCAGUUACAUCAGAAGCUCUUACAGGAGCAACAACAGUCCCAUGCUCGACAAUUACAUUUUCAACAGAUUCUACAAGGACAGACUCCUGAUUCAAGGUUUGGGCAGUCCCAUGACUUCCCUCGAUCCAACAGUGUUGAUCAGAUGUUGUUAGAGCACCAGCUAAUGAAUGAACUGCAGAAAAGUUCUGGCCAUCCGUCACAAAAUUUUGCACCAUACCUUGAGCAACUUGCUGCAGGAAAUUUUGGUCAAUUGCCACAUGAAGGCCGUCAGAGGGAACUACUUGAACAGCUACUUUCAACAAAAAUGCAAUCUCAGUAUGGACCAAUGCAAUCUCAAUAUGGACCAAUGCAAUCUCAACAUGGACAACUGCAAUCUGAAGCAACUCGGUCUUUGGAGUACCAACUGCUGCAGCAAGAGCAGCUGAUGCAAUUGGCAAACGGAGUGCGGCACAAUACACUAUUGGAGGAACAGAGACAUAUUGACCCUCUGUGGCCAUCUGACCAUAAUGAUCAGCUUCUAAGAAGUCAUCCUGGGAUCCACCGUUCGCGGUCCUCUACAGGAUUUAGACCACUAGACUUUCAUCAACAGCAGCAGAGGCCACCCUUCGAGGAUCAGUUUGGUCAACUUGAGCGGAACCUUUUAUAUCAGCAACAGCUUCGACAAGAAUUAUUCGAGCAGGGUCUGCCAUUUGAGCGAUCAGCAUCCUUACCCGUAAGUGUAUCGGGGAUGAAUCUGGAUGCAGUAAAUGGUCUUGGACUCUCUCAGGGUCUGGAGUUGCGAGAUGCCACUGCCCACAUGCAGAUUGGGAAUUCUACUCUGGGUUUCAAUCAUCAGAAUCCCCGUAUACCAUUAGGUGAACCUCAUUUUUCACAGUUGGAACCAAUGGAAGGACGCUGGUCUGGAGCUGAUACACAGGUUGUUGGUGAGUGGGCCGAAUCUCAAUUUCAUAGAUCAAAUAUUGAUGCUGAACAUCAUAAAAUGAGGUCAGAAAGUAGGAGAAUGGGUGAAGAUUCCAACUCAUGGAUGGUAAGUGGAACUACAGAAGACAGGUCAAAACAGCUAUUUAUGGAGUUGCUCCACCAGAGACCCGGCCAUCAAUCUGCUGAAUCACCAAGUAUGAACCGUGGGGAAUCCUAUGACAGGAUGGCUCCUUCUGGCCUUACCCCAGGGAUUCAAACACUUGGCGGCCUUUCAGACCAUGGUGGUAGUCUUAACGCUCCAUCUACUUUUGGGGCUCGAGCAUUUUCUGAUGAACAGAUCAACAGAUCAUCCGGAGAUAGGAACAAUAUGGGGUCAUUGCACCGUAACAGUUCCUUGCUUUCUGGAAUUAUUGAUGGUGGGCGGUCAAAUCAGAAUGAAAGUCAAGCCUUCAGUAAUAUGUUUGCUAUGAACAAGGACACAAACGACAUCAAAACUUGGAACAACGUGCCGCCUAAAAAUGAUGGAAUGGGAAGGAUGAUGUCAUAUGAAGCCCAAGACAGAAUGGGCAAGCAAGCAGUAUUAGACUCCCUGGUUCAAGAGGAGCUUCCUGUUGUUACACCUGGUCAACAUUCUUCUUUCAAUAUCUCUGACCAAUACAGUGACAACUUGGUUGGAGAAGACAGAAGGAAGGAUAGGUUGGUAGUUCCAUCACAUGGACAGGAUUCAGUUUUGUUAAAAAGGCCUCCCUCAUCCCAUUCUUCAUCAUCGCAUGAAGGAUUGCUUGAGCGUAUGUCUGACACAGCUAGCAGGACAGCAGCAAGUUCUUAUAGUGGAAUUGAAGGAGGUGUGAGACGGGAAUCAGGAGCAGCGGGAAAUAAAGGGUCAACGUCAGAGGCCGCAUCGUUCAGUGAGAUGUUGAAGAAGAGUAAUAGCAUGAAGAAGGUGGCAGCAGAGUCAACUGAUGCAACCGAAGGAAGCAAAGGUGGCGGUGGGAAGAAGAAAGGGAAGAAAGGGAGGCAGAUAGAUCCAGCUCUUCUAGGUUUCAAAGUCACUAGCAAUCGCAUUCUUAUGGGCGAGAUCCACCGUGCUGAUGAUUUUUAACUCUCUGUUUUCUUUUUGUACAAAAUCUUUACAUGUAAAGAUUAGCUUCUCAAGCUUAGGCGUAUAGGUUUUUUACAGAGAAGAUAAAGACGUAUCUUCCAU